UUUACAUUGGGCAGUUCAUUACAUUGAGGAGUUCUUUAAAGCCCUGGGGCUGCUCUCUGCAAAGGAGGGGUGUCCAUAGCGGGGUGCACUCAAAGAGAUGCGCCCCCCCUGCUCCCCUCAGCGGGGUGGGUGGGCGGGGAGGGGCAGAACGGAGCAGACCCUUCCCACGCCUCUCAUCCCCAGCUGAACGUCGUUGCCGGGUCUCGAACCCGCGGCCCCCGGAACUGCGAUGAGCGGCCCGCCGGCGGGGGCGGGGCCUGGCGCGCGCCCCGCGCCGAUUGGCCGCCGCAGUGUGAAAGUGGCGCGCGGGCGCGAGGCGCGCUCGUGGUGGCGGGAGAGCCGCACGUGGUCGCCGCUCGCGCGGGCCGCGCGCAGCAAUGUUCGGGGGCCGGGCCAGGUGCGUGCGGGGCUCGGGGCCCGCGGGGCCUCCGGACGGGCACGGCUCGGACACCGCCCGCUCGCCCGCCUCUGCCGCGGCUCCCCGGGCUGCGGGGAACCGGCUUCUCGCGCUUGGGUGUGGGGGCGUGUCCCUCUUUCUCUCUUCCUGGACACUUCAGAGAUUUGGUGGCAGGACCCGCCGUCCCUGCAGGCGGACGCAGCGUCCUGGGACGUGGCAGAGGUGGCAGCGGUGUGUAAGGCAGCCGAUGAGGGCUCAGAUCCGAGCCCCAAGGAGGGGAACAGCACGGAGGAGGAGCAGGAUGUUCAGGACCCGGAGCUGGAGGCCAUCAAAGCCAAACUGCGGGAAAUAGAGAAGGAGGAUGAGAGGUUGAAGGAGCUGCAGCUGGAAGCUGACAACCACCUGUUCAUGAGCUCAGAAGCAGCUCUCUUCCCUCUGACAACCAAGGAGAAGAUGGAGGCUGACCAGCGUUCCAUCUACGUGGGCAAUGUGGAUUACGGGGGCACAGCAGAAGAGCUGGAGUCUCACUUCAACAGCUGUGGGCAGAUCAACCGCGUCACCAUCCUCUGUGACAAGUUCUCGGGCCACCCCAAAGGCUAUGCCUACAUCGAGUUCGAGGAGCAGAGCUCUGUGAAGGCUGCGGUGGAGCUGGACGAGAGCGUGUUCAGGGGCCGUGUCAUCAAGGUGCUGCCCAAGAGGACCAACAUGCCCGGCAUCAGCAGCACCGACCGUGGGGGCUACCGGGGCCACUUCCACGCCCGGGGGGGGCUGGGCCGCUGGGGAGGCUUCUAUGGGCAGCACCCCAGGCUGCGAGGGAGGACCUACAGGGGUCGGGCAAGGCUGCUGCCUUGGUAUUUUCCAUACUAGAAAAGACUAGACUGCCUGGUGAUGCCAAUGAGACUGGAACGAGGAGAUGGGAUUGGAGAGAUUUAAAAAGAUGCCUACCCAAGCCAAAAAACAGAUUAAUUUUAAAAAUGCCAUCUGCCUGGCUGUGAGGAUUACUGGUGAGCCCUGUGCUGGGCUGCAGGAGGGAAGAUGGGAUCUGCCAGCAUCCCAGGAGAGCUCAUCCCACCUCAGCUCUGCCCUGGGCAUUGUGUUGGCACAGAGAACAGGCUCCUUGCAGAGAACACUGUCCUGGGAAGGGAAGAGCUCUCCCAGACCAUCGAGUCUCCUCCUUAUCCCAUGGAAAGGGGCUGUGCUGGAGGGUUUGGUUUGGCUCCUCAGUUCUUCCUGCAGCAGCUGGAUGCUGCCUUUUCUUCUCAGAUUCUAAAGACUUUCCCAAAUCAAUGGAGAAAGUUUUGGGUUGCAGCUGUAGAUUUGAUUGCUGGGGAGCUUUUCCUUCAUCAACCCUAGGGAUGUGACCUUCCUCUUGGGAAGCCUGAUGUGCUUUGGGUCUGAUUUUUAGCUCGCUGUGUUUGUACAUCCAGACAGGGAAAAAACAUCCCUUGUUUCUCUGGAAGCUUCUCUGUAUCUCUGUGGUAGUUAAACAACACCUGGGUGUCACAAAACCAUUUUUUUUUUUUUUUUUGUUUAAUUUUGGAUGUCAGCAAACCCCUCUUCCCUCCCUCCUGCUUUUAUUCCAAGCACCAGGAGUCAAAGGGUCCUGGCAACUCCUCACUUUAUUUCUUGCAGUAGCAGCAUUGCAAAAUCACCUUCACUGGUGCAAAUUUGGUGUGGUCUCCCUCUUUAUUCCCAUCACCAUUCCUGCUCUGGAGUCACAUCUGGGGAUGGUGUGAGCCCUGCUGGAGGCUCAGGACCAGAGGAGCUGGGUACCAGGGAAGAAGGUUCCUGGCUCUUCCCUCUCCUGCUGAUUUUGUGUUUAUGAGCUCUGAAGCCAGGUGUUUUUAAAAGAAAAACUUUGUGUUAGUAGAGGCAGGCUGGGAACCCCAGCAGACAGCAUUCCUGGGGGAAUUUCUGCAUGGAAAUGGGUUUUAUUAUGUAAUUCCCAACUAAUCUUUUGGGAUCCUUGGUUAGGAUUCCUCUAACCCAGAUGCAACAGAUGCAACUGACUCCUAAAGCAGCUUUUCACAGCUCAGGGGCAUUGCCAGGCUAAAAAGCCCACUGAUUUUUUUUCCUCUUUAAGAUCUCUAAAUUUUUUUUUUUUAAAGCUUGGGGCCUUAACUCUUCAUGUUAUAUUAAUAUUGUCCUCAGAGCUGCUGAGACUGACCUUGAUUUGAGCUACCUUAAGCUUAGACUAUAAACCAGCUUUUUCUAGGGCUUCUGUUUGAUAGGAUUAUACAUUUUUUUAAGCUUAUUUUUUAAUAAAAAAAAAAAAUACUACUUUGGGGUGUUUGGACUCUUGUGGAACACUGAGGUGCCAUCUCUGUGAGUGAAAACAGCCACGUUUUUUAGAUGCAAAUGUUUGUGGAUAGCAGUACACAGCUGUGCCUUGUGGAGAUGGUGGGAGAGGCUUGAACCUCCCAUGAUAUUCCAGGUGGUUGCUGAUAAAAUGUACUUAAGUUCUGUUUGAGAAAGUAUCUGUAGCUGUUUCUUAUUUUUAAAAUAAAUGAUCCUGCUGUGUGAACUUCAUGUGCAGUUCUGGCUUUCUCCAGGCUCCUGGGAUCCCCUGGGGCUGGGCAGAUCUGUUAUUUUUAGCUGGUUUUUAACUGAUGAGGUGCUUGGAGUAGAGGUUUGUGUGGCUGCAUCUCCUCUGCUGGGCCAGGAGUGGUGGAGCUGGGAUGCAAUUUGUGCUUCAUUCCAUAGAAAUACCUGCUUCUGAUUUGGGAGUCUGUAAUUAGAACAGCAGGGAGCUGCAGGGGAGGAGAUGCUAAUAGAGAUUAUUUUGGGAUGAGCCAGGCAGCUGUGCAAUCCUGAUGGAUUAAUGCCUGCCUGGAUUGGGUGGGUUUAUUCCAGCUGCUCUACCUGGGCUGGGAAUCACUGUGGAGUGUGUCUGAUAAGCUGCAAAGUGGUAACAGCAAAACUGAGUGACCCAGAAAUGAGCCAGGCAGGGAAGGUUUGGGUUGGAAGGGACCCUGGAGCUCCAGGGGGGCUUGGAGCAGCCUGGG